UAAAAUCUAACAUCAUUAAGUGGGAAUUGAUUAAUGUUCUUGGAAGCCUGUCAGGAGGUGCCUAAUGAAAGCUAAUUGAAAAACAUGAGAGCCUCCAAAAUGUCAAACGAAAUGUUGAAGCUCAAGCGUAAAGCACGUCGGAUAGCUGCCUGGACGCAGCUACAACAGGGACUAGCUGGAAAGCAGCCAAGGAACUGGAACCUUACACAACAGCUGUACAAAUCAAAUGCAGAGCAACUGCAUCAGGAGCUGCGAUUUCUGCUGAUUAUUUGUGUGCUGUUCGGCAGUGUUCCCUUUGCCGUAUUGCCCCACUGUACGAGUCGCAUGCAUGAUGUAGUGCAGCAUUGCUGGUUAUUCCUGCUCUAUGUUUGGCUCUGCUUCUCUGCCUACUUGGAACUGAGUGACAGCAGCGGCGACCUGAACAAUUUAGAGAGAAACUUUUAUAUAUUUGAAUCGAUCACUUAUCUUAUACACAUAGCCUGCAUUAUAAUAAUAAGCCUGAGCUGGAAGCGACGCAUUGGCCAGGUUUUCGACACAAUUGGCAAAUUCGAUUUGGCCAGUGGAUAUAUUGUGAAACGAAAAAAGAUUCGUCGCUUCGUGCACUUUCAGCUCUUGCUGCUGCUCAUCUUUAUUAGCUGCACCAUACCCAUUGUGUUCUUUAACAGCGUUGAAAACUUUUGGAAAUCGUGGUACAAUUGGAACACCUACGUCGUACCCAACACUUUGACCAGCAUUUCCUUUGUGCUCUACUACACUUUAAUGGAGGGCAUCUGUCGUCGCCUAAAGUGCUUGGUAAAGUCUUUGCAUGCAGAGCUGCAGCGGGGCAUUUUCAUUCGACGUGCCGCACUUCAGGAGCUGCGCUUGCAACAUCGAAGUCUUCUUCAUUUUACCAAAAUUGUCAAUCAAACUUUUGGCCUCUCGAUAUUGUUGCUGUAUGCGAGCUCAUUGAUAAAUUUUAAUACGAAUCUGUUCCUCUUCUAUAAGGCUAUUGAGAAUUCUACUGGAGCACACUGGAACUGGUGGGCAUACAAUAAUUUAUUUCUUCUUAUGCAUACGUGCAAAAUGUUUUGUCUUCUUUAUUUCAAUCACAACGUCCAGCGGGAGCAAAGCAACUGCCUAACAUUGUUGAACACUGUUCAUAGCGUUGACGAAGAUUUGAUGGAAACAAUAAAUCAUUUUGAAUUGCAGCUGCAGGAUAAUGUACGGGCACAUGUAGCCUGCGACCUUUUUGAGUUGGACUACGAACUUAUACCAGCGCUGCUGAUGAUCACCGCUAACUUAUUUAUAUUUCUGCUCCAAUACGAUGUUACAUUUCAAGCACUGGCUCAUGCCUACGACAGUUUAGACACAUAAAAGUACGCGCGUUAAACUUAUCGAUAGUCUCUGAUUUUUAUUCUAUCGAUUAUAUUGUAGC